AUGCCUACCAUUACCUCCGUCAUCACUGGUGCUGAGCUGUUUGGGGAUGGGCCCCUAACGCCAGCGCAGCGCUUUUACCAGCAGUACGCUACCGCAAUCACUGCUAAAAAUCUGAGCGACGAAAAAAUCCCAUUUUACGCUAAAGAUGCUGUUUUCCAUAAUCAGAACGGUGUGGAUUACAGUGGCGAUCAAAUCUGGCCUUGGAUCACACAGCUAUUUGGUCAGUUCGAGAGGCUUUCUCACGACAUACUGAAGCUUUCGGAAAUUCACAAUGACAACGGAACCAUUGAUCUGGUGUCCCAAGCGGUCCGUCAUAUUUGGGCCAUCGGCAACAAAAGCGACAAGCCUACUGUCAGCGUUCCUCUCUCGAUGGUUUGCAAGCUCAGCUACAACAACGCGCCGCGGACUGUAGAGGGCAUACAAUACAAAGAAGUGUGGCUCUAUUGGGAUACUUACAAACUUUUGCCGUUCUUCUUACCAGACUCGAUUGUAUUUAGUUCAAGCGUGGUUCUUCCUGGGAAAUAA